UAUGGGAAGGCGUUGGGCGUGCAUUUGGCCUUGCGCGCCUUCCUCGCGGGUCCGAAGACCUGGCCUGGCGAGUUGAGAGGCGGUCGGAAUUCUCCUCGCUUUUGCCCCGUCGGGGUGUCUCGCGAAAAUAUCGCCCCUUCUGCUGCAGCCGUCUGACUGGAGCAGCGAGGAAAUUCCCAAAGCCUUUUUAGCCUGAGAAACCGCUCUGCUCCACCUGGAUUUCUUUGCCAUGUGCUGUUUCUCCGCUGGUUUCAGAAGUGCUGCUUUUCGGGACUCCUUCUGACACGGACGCAUUGUUUUCUACCCGCUAACCGGCAAAGAUGGCUGUCACAUUGCACACUGAUGUUGGAGAUGUUAAAAUUGAGUUAUUCUGUGAACGAACACCAAAAGCUUGUCAAAAUUUUCUGGCUCUCUGUGCUAGUAACUACUACAAUGGCUGUACUUUUCAUCGAAAUAUCAAAGGCUUUAUGGUUCAGACAGGAGACCCAACUGGUAAUGGGAAAGGAGGAAUCAGUAUUUGGGGCAGGAAGUUUGAAGAUGAAUACAGUGAAUACUUGAAGCACAGUGUCCGUGGUGUUGUUUCCAUGGCAAACAAUGGUCCGAAUACAAAUGGUUCUCAGUUCUUUAUCACUUAUGGUAAACAGCCACAUCUCGACAUGAAAUAUACUGUCUUUGGGAAAGUAAUCGAUGGCUUGGAUACACUUGAUGAGCUGGAGAAGCUGCCUGUAAAUGAAAAGACAUUCCGCCCCUUGAAUGAUGUCCAUAUUAAAGAUGUGACAAUUCAUGCUAACCCUUUUGCUCAAUAGCUGCAAUGGACCAACUUUUUUUUUAUUUGAACAUUUCACAGGAGAGAAAUUCCAGAGCUUGCUAUUCAAACUGUUUAAAACCAAACAUUUUUCUGUUUGUCCUAUGAUCCAGACAGUAUACCUGGUUUGACUACAGUCUUCUCUUUUAACAUUCACUUUUGUUAGUAUUUCUAAAAAUGUCAUCUUUAUUGGAUUUAUAUAUUGCUGAAGCAUAUUGAUUCAUAGCUGCAUACAAUUUCAAAUUACAACAAAUUUAGGCAGUAUACACACACAAUGCUACAUUUUAACCCCCCUCUUCAAAAAUGUUCAGGAUCUCUAUUUUUGCAAUUAUCAUAUAUAGCAAAUCAAGCAAGGAGAAUAUGUUACUGAAGGUAAAAUGAAUUUCAUUAUUUUUAUCAGGAUUCUAGGCAUGCACAAAACUAUUUGUGUACAUGGAUUCUGGUGCUUUGUGUGCACAUAAACAUUGUUUUGGUUUCAAAUAUUUCUGGGUCAAAGUAUUUUGAGUGCUCCUUUUUAAUUAUUAUUGGGAAUUUUCCAUUGUAACUUUUAGCUAUUUUUGAAAUAUCUGGAGAGAGAGAGAGGUGAUUGUAGUUAAAAAAGCAGGAAUUCCCCCACCCAGUUUUUUUCUUAAAUCAGCUCCUUUUAAAAUGUUUUCCAAUGACUUAUGGUGGCCUAGAUUUAUUUAUUAAAUUUAUGUAUCACCUGAUUCCCAAAAUUCUGGCUCACAAGUAAAAACAUUGUUUUAAAAUACAAGAACAAAAAUAAAAAACAAUUCA